UUUGCCGUUCAUUCGGAGUCGAACUCUUGAGCAGAUAAGAACAAAACGCCGGAAAUAGAAAUAGUGAAGACUAAGAAAAUUAGAAAAUCACCAGCAAAACAAAACGAACUGGUUAAAAGUGACUUAUAUACUAUCAAUCUUUAUUGUGAAUAUACAUAUGUACAAGACAAUAUAUACGACUACAAGAGCAACAAAAGACAUUGUGAAGUAAAGAUAUAAAGUGUAGAAGUGCGACUGAUUGUGUAUAUACAUAUGUUUAUGGCCAGAGAAUAAACGAAGUGCAUUGCAAUUCGUCACUGGAAAAGUGAAGCGAAACGAAGUCAUUGGAAGGUUCUAGAAGAAACCUUACAAACGCAAAUAUAAUUAUUAUUAACUUCGCUUUAGUGGAGUGCCUUUGCAGUUUGCGGUUUAGUCAAUAAUUUUCUCUAACUUAUUCAUUGAAAUCGCGAUUUGCACAAAUUAAAUUCACAUUCGAAAUGGCUUUUAUGAUGCCUGUCAUGAAGAAUAACUACGAUAUCUAUAAGGAUAGUCGUUCACGAAAAACAUCGGAGUGCUCCACAACCAGCUCGAAUGGUGGCGCACCCACACUGUCUUCCGCCAUGGGUGUGCCGGCCAAUGGACGUGUCCGCAAAGUGUCUGAAUGCAAGUCCGAGAGCUUCGCCACAUCACCUUCACACACCUAUCGCAUGCAGAUGCAGCGUUGUCAAUCAUCGCGCGCCUUUCCCCGUAACGCAUCGCGUACCUCGCACUCGUCUGCCGCUGGAGCACUUUCGCCUACACGUUCCUUUAGCCAGGCCUCCAGUCCGCCCAAGACAAUAAAUACGACGGAAAGCCAGAACGAUAUCACGAAAUUUCAUUUGCGUUUGGUCGAUAAGCUACGCAAGUCCUUUCGUAAGGACAGCGCCAAGCGUUCAUGAGAACGGGAAAGCGUUCUUCACAACAGCAACAGUAGCGGCAGCUAUCCUAAUGAAGAUGGCAGCACAACAAAAGCAGAAAACAAUAAUUUUAAACACAAUA